CAAGGCGUUGUGGAAGAAAGGAUCCCAGUUGACGUUUGACUGCAUUAAAAUGCGAGCUACAAGAUUACAUAUUUGAAUUUAUAGGCUCAAGAGAAAGAAAUAUGCCACUGCUCCGUUUAAUGACGGGAUUUUAGCGCGCGGACUGUUUAAACGCGCGGCCCCGUGCGCUCCGGAGAGACCCGUCAAAGAAAUCAGAUUUCACUGGGCUAAUUGUGUUUACACAGGAGCCAUCCACAGCCACGUUUUAGCAAGUAAGACUGGCUGGGACAGUACAGUACAAGCCUGUUCGCGGGUUGACUCCGCGCCCGUGCAAACAGCGAAGGAGCAGGGUCGAAAAAGCUUCAGUUAUCCAAUUUGACUUGAAGUCGCUGAAGGCGAAACUGUCCGGUGGAGAGAUUUUGGAGAGAUCUGGAAACAUGGAGCGCAGCAGCUGACCAAGCACAUGUUGUGCAUGUUGGGUGCUUCAGUGGAUAAACUUUGAUGAUGGAUUGCGGCAUGGAAAGUGUUGCAAACUAGCCACAACUGCGCCUGGCAUUUGGAUGUAGGAAAUGUUACAUUGGAAUUCUUUUGGAAAUUAGUUUUUUUUUUUUUUUUUUUAAAUCUUCCUCGUCGCUGUCAAGGAGCUGAAAGUCAGCUGGUCUACAAUCAUGGAGAGUCAGGAUGAGAGAGAGAGCAGCCCUCCCAAGAAAGACCGGAGGUUUUCCUUGACUUACAUCGGCUGCUCCUCGCUCGACAGGCGGACCACCCUGCCCAUGCUACCCUGGAUGGUGGCUGAGAUCCGCCGGAGAGGCGAGAAGGGCGACUGCGGCCCCGUGGUGCAGCCCAGAGAAGUCCAGCUGGUCCUAAACCCCCCCUUCGUACGGUGUGUCCCCUCCAGCAGCAACAACUCCUCCGUGUUUAUAUUCGAGCACAAGGCGCAGCUCAUCUCUCGCUUCGUUCACAACAGCAAUGACCUCACCUACUUCGCCUAUCUGCUCCGGGGACAACCGGAUAACCCCGAGUCCGAGAUGUCCUUUCACGUCUUCAAGGCCUGCGACCCCAACCAGGUCCCUGAGGUCAUCAGCAGGAUUCGCCAAGUGUCCAAAUCCGCCCUAAAGGAAGAAGCCAAACCCAAACAGGAAGCUGAUGAGGCCUUCUACAACUCCCAGAAGUAUGAAGUGCUCUACUGUGGAAAGGUGACAGUCCUGCACAAAAAGGCUCCGUCCACCCUUGUCGAUGACUGCAUAGAUAAGUUUCGUCAGCAUGAGGUCGAGCGAAAGCGACUGCGACUGCUCAACGGUCAGAGAGGGUCCACAGAGAGCGCUCCAGUGGAGUUCCUCAUGGGAGAAGAUGGAGACCCACUGUCAUCUGCUCUGAAUGAAAGUAAAGAAGGCCUUGAAGGUCUUGGAUUCGAGGAUAUCAGUGGGACAGGAGGUAAAAGUUUGUCCAGCAGUGCCAGCCAGAGCAGCCUGAGAGGAGCGUUCCCUGAAUGCAUACUGGAGGACUCUGGUUUCGAGGAGCCUCAGGAGUUUCGUACACGCUGCAGCAGCCUGGCGGGGAAUCUUCAGAGGAAGCCGGGAGAAAACGUCAUCAUGGGCCCCACACGUCGCAGACACUCCAGCGCACCAAACCAUGUCCAGCCGACUGAUGCUGACAAAAACCGCACAAUGCUCUUUCAGGUCGGGCGUUUUGAAGUAAACCUCAUUAGUCCAGACACGAAAACAGUGGUGCUGGAGAAGAACUUCAAAGAUAUCUCAUCCUGCUGUCAGGGUAUCAAACAGUCCGACCAUUUUGGAUUCAUCUGUCGGGAUCAGUUGGAGUCUGGUUCCAGUCAGUAUGUGUGCUAUGUUUUCCAGUGUGCCAGUGAGUCCCUGGUGGAUGAGGUGAUGCUGACGCUGAAGCAGGCCUUCUCUACGGCAGCAGCUUUACAGAGCAACAAGACCCCAAUCCAGCUGUGCGAAGCCUGCCCCAUGCACGACCUGCACAAGCUCUGUGAGAGGAUUGAGGGUCUUUACCCACCCAGAGCGAAGCUAGCCAUCCAAAAAUAUCUCUCCCAGCUGACUGAUAACGAGCAGGUUGACAUUUUUGAGCGAGUUCAGAGAUUGAAGCCUGUGUCAGACCAGGAGGAGAAUGAGUUGGUGAUUCUCCAUCUGAGGCAGCUGUGUGAGGCCAAGCAAAAGACACACCUCCACAUCGGAGAGGCCCCUCAGAACGCCACAAACAGCCCGUCGGCAGGUGACGGCACCGCCAGCAGCAGCCGCUUCAAACUUGAUGUGCUGAAGAACAAAGCUCGCACGUCUCUCACAAGCUCCCUGGAGAACAUCUUUGCAAGGGGCGCCAGCAGGAUGCGGGGCCGUUUGGGAAGCAUGGGAAGCAUUAGCAGCUUUGAAAGGCAGGAUGAGGAGUCUCCUGGUCACUCCCCUCCUGGUUCUCCUCCUUCUUUCCCUGAUGACGACCAAGAAGGCAGUUUGCAGUUCCGUCGACGUGCCCACACCUUCAGCCAUCCACCUGUGAAGAAACGCAUCUCCUUCGAAGGCCAGCCAACCCCCCAGAACAGACCUCUACGCAGACAACAGUCUGUUAAUCAAGAACUGCUGCAGAGCAGUCCCGUGGCUGUCACGAGAACGCGCAGCGUUUCGGAGAGCGAGUCCACCUUCACCCUCCCCUCCUCCUUCUUCGCCCCCACUUUCCUGAAAAGCAUUUACCAGGGCUCGCUAGGCUCCCUCAGCUCCCUGGCAGACAGUGGGAGCCUCAAGAGCAAUGGGGAAGGCAGGAAGAGGACGUCAUCCGGCUGCAGCAGCGACUCAGUGACUGGAGGGCUCCCUCCAACCCCACGCAGGGUCUCCUGGAGACAGAAGAUCUUCCUGAGGGUGGCUUCACCCAUGAACAAGCCAUCUGCCUCCAUGCAGCACACAGAUCACUCAGAUGGCAGGGAGCUGUUGCCUCUCUCACCUCGUGCCUUUGAUUCAACCCUGGACCCUUUGGGGCGACUUCUGCCCUCAGCCGGGGAGAGACCUAAGAAGACAAGUGCGGACUAUCGAGCUCUCUGGAAGACCGCCAUCCACCAGCAGAUCCUCCUGCUGCGCAUGGAGAAGGAGAACCAGAGGCUGGAGGAAGCGAGCAGAGAUGAGCUGCACAUCCGCAAGAUGAAGCUGGACUACCAGGAAGUGGGCCAGUGCUCCAAAGAGGCACAGGCAUUGUGGGAGAAAAAACUGACCGCCCCAGGCAGAACGACAGUCCCACAAGACAAGGAGGAGAUGUACCGUGCUCUCUGCCAAGGUGUUCCCAAGAGCAGGCGCGGAGAGGUCUGGUUGCUGCUUUCCCAUCAACACCGCCUGCGUCACAGACUCCCCCAGCGCCAGCAGGCCCCCGACACCCCUUACCAUGACCUGCUGAAGCAGCUCACUGCUCAGCAGCAUGCUAUUCUGGUGGACUUAGGCCGGACCUUUCCCACCCACCAGUACUUCUCCACCCAGCUGGGUGCAGGGCAGCUCUCCCUCUACAACCUCCUGAAAGCCUACUCUCUGCUGGAUACAGAGGUUGGUUACUGCCAGGGUAUCAGCUUUGUAGCAGGAGUGUUGUUACUGCACAUGAGUGAAGAACAGGCUUUUGACAUGCUGAAGUUCCUCAUGUACGACCUCGGCAUCAGGCAGCAAUACAGGCCGGACAUGAUUUCUCUGCAGAUUCAGAUGUACCAGCUCUCCAGACUGUUACACGACUACCACCGCGAGCUCUACAAUCACUUUGAGGAGCACGAGAUCUGCCCCAGCCUCUACGCAGCUCCGUGGUUCCUUACCCUCUUCGCCUCACAGUUCCCCCUCGGCUUUGUGUCCCGCAUCUUUGAUUUUGUAUUCAUCCAAGGCACUGAUGUGAUCUUCAAAGUGGCCCUCUGUCUGCUGAGCAGCCAUGAGAAGGAGAUAGUGGAGUGUGACAGCUUUGAGAGCAUCGUGGACUAUCUAAAAACUACAAUACCAACCCUCACUCCCACACAGAUGGAGCAGACUAUUGCAAAGGUGAUGGAGAUGGACAUCUCAAAGCAGCUGCAUGCAUAUGAGGUGGAGUACCACGUCCUGCAGGACGAGAUGUUAGAUUCAGGGCCGCUGCCUGAUGACUCUGAUCGACUCGACAAAGUAGAGAAGACAAAUGCUCAGUUGAAGAAACAAAACAUGGACCUGCUGGAAAAACUACAGGCUGCACGGCAGAAGAUCCAGACGCUAGAGACAAGUGUGGAGACCUUCCUUUCUCGGGAGAGCAAACUGAAGCACAUGAUCCGCACUCUGGAGCAGGAGAGGGCAGCGUACCAGAAGACCAUUGAACGCAUGCGCUCAUGCCUUCCCCCCGACGCCCUGACAGAUGUGGAGAUGACCCAGAUCAAAACAGGACCCAAUGGGAAAGCCAAAACUGCAGCCAAGAAGCCCUGAUGGUGACCAGGGUGCUGGCUGGAAGCACAGGCACAGACUGAAGUGAACAAAUGGAGACUGCUGAGCCCACACAGCCAUUGUUCUCCUCCUGCACAAGAGAAGCAGAGCUCUGUAAAUGCCUGAUGUCUGGCCUUGAGACUGUAUGGGAAAUAUCUAUGUGAUAUUUGUCAGCGUAUAAUAGAGUUGUGGGAGGAUGUUUUCAGUUAUAUUAGCAAACAGACUGCUCUAUGAGUGCAUCACAGCUGCUGCUGUGUCUCAUCUGUUUUGCUGCUGGUUUAAAGGUGAGACCAGGAUACGAGCCUGUCCUCCUUAUUCAGAUCUUUUUGAAAAUCACAGGAAUUUUUCUAGAUUGACACAAAAAGUGUCUGCCUGCUUUUGCCUUGAAGUAUUUACUACCACAAAGGCAGUGUAAAGAAGGUGCCUGCUGGCAAACAAUCGUCUGGACCUCAGGUUCAACUAAAAGCCAUUAAGAGUUUGUAUGAUCCUGGAGUUGACCCCAUUGUUUCACUUGUUUUUGAACUCAUUUCAGGCAUGGAAACUAUGCCUCUGAGUAAUCACAGUGCUUUGUUAUUUCCUUUUGUUUACUUGAAUUUUUUUUGUGAAUGUAAUUUCCCUCCAACGAACGUUAAAAUCACAUUCUGUUUUUCACAACAGAGACAUCUCGGCGCUCACCUGCUGGCUUUAAAAUUCUGCCGACACAUUAUCUCGCAGCUCUGCCUUCACAUGAGAGAUCUUUCGUUCUUGCAAUUGCUGUUGCGGUUUUUCAAAGAAGGAAGUAUUUCUUCCAAAGCUCAGGCAGGAUGUGAGGUCGUCUGCCUUUUCAGCUUCCUGUGUGAUUGACCACGGCGUCGCCUUGCUUUAGCCGAGUUCACACCCCACAGGAGACAGACAGACAAAAAAAACAAAUAAAACAAAAAAAAAAAAACGGCUGAAGGUGGAAGCUGAUCUGAAUGUACAUCACAUCCUUUUCUUCUGAAAGUCUGUACUGCUUUAUUUUGUCCACCAAACUUAAAACUAGGGGUUUCCUCAAACAAGGAGAGACAUACUUUAAUCUGACUGGUCAGAUUUUGCCCUUACUCAACUAAUUGUCAGAAGUCUUUUUGCACUCAUUGAUUCAUAUGAUCAUGGGCAACAUAAGAGAUAAACCAAAUAAGUAAACUAUUUGUCUUACAAACUUUACAUGAAAGUAUUUUAAAUCACCCAUUUAGUCUGUUUUAUGGUGACCUUUUAACAGGAUAAUAGCUAUUUACAAGGUUCAUAUUUUAGCCUUAAGGCUACUUAACCAUAUUAAAUAGUCAGCCAUGUUGCUUGUGGUCAGAUGGGAUGGCAAAACCUGUUGACAAAACAUAUAUUUUCCUUUUUCUGGAUCAUCUUUAACAUGUCUAAACUGCCUACCUGAUGCCAGAUAGACCUUCACAUAUCCACAGCAUGGGCUAUAUUUCACAUCCAUGGUGUUUGGAAAAGGCAUAACCUAAAAAUAAAACUCUCAAGGGUGACUAAACCAGUCGUUUGUCUGUCACAUUCAUAACAGGUACAUUAGAGUGUGUAGUAAACUGCAUAAAGCAAGCUCCAUAAGCUGUUAUCAUUGUUUACUAUCAGUGGAGCCAGUUGGUAAAUCAAACUCUUCUGAAACUGUAUCAACCUUGCAAAGCAGAUGGAUUUACGAGACUCCAUGUAUGCCUCAGGCAAAUCCAUCUUGCAAAUUCCAAGCUACAAUGGAUGUACCAGACCAAAAAAAAAAACCAAACAAACAGCCGAUCAGUCACAGCAUUUCAGGAGAAAGAGAAGGUAGCUACGGCUGGAGUUUAGUUGUACUUUGAGCUGAUAACUUCGGCUGCCACUGGACUAGCAGUUAGUUCUGAUGUAGCUAUGUUAUAGUGGCAGUUUCAUCAGAUCUGGACCACAGUCCUUUAUGCAAUAAAGAGGAAAAAAGGCACUGAAAACUUUUCAUGACAGAAAAGAUGUUUUCGCCCUUAAAUCAGACCUCAAUCAUAUUUGCAAGAGCAAAGGAGAGAAGACGGCUACUCUCACCGACCAUUCACCUGAGAAGCCAUGUAUCUCCAAAAGGAAGCACUAUAAUUAGCUGGCACAAUGUAUUUCCAGCUUUAGUGUUUUUUUAAUUCAACUUUACUCAUAAACAGUCUGGUAGUUACAUUCAUAAAAAACACAUUGCAAACAUUAGGGACUAAGAAACAUUUCAUAAAUAGUACAGAGAACAUCUCAGAGGUCCAAUCCAGGAUUAGCUUAUGUAUAUAGCCAUUUUAGAAGAGGUUACAUGAAUAGUGGCCUGCUUUGGCUUUAGCUAAAUCUGACAUAGCUAGCAACUACCUACGCAAUUAACGUUACAUACAUAAGCCGUAGUCGCUGAGUUAGCUUUAGCAAUGUGAGCUUUAGCAAACAUAACCAAGUAAAUAAUGUAUAUACGUAGCUUAUGUAGCUGCUUUGAAAACGUUAGCUUUGUAGCUCUGUAUGCUACUUUAUCUUCGUAGCUCACGCAGCUAAGGUAGCUACAUUGCUAGAAUGUUUUCAUGGCAGAUAAGCUUUGCCUGUAAGUGGGCUAUUUACUCUGCUUAUUACAUUUUUUUAAUCUGGUUUUGCCCGUCAGGUUUUUGACUUUUAACUUUUUGUAUCCUAACCCUUACUUUUACUCUAAAUGGAAGUUUAAUCCAAUUUUGUUUCAAAGGUUUAUUAUGUAUUUCCGUUCUGAGAUACACAGCGUCUCAGAUGACUGGUCUGUGAGAGUGGUGGUCAAAAAUGAACAGACUGCAGACAGACUGUCUUGAAGCAAAGCUUCUUUUGGCAGAAAAGAUGUUAGUUCCCAUUUUAGGAUCGAAAAACUCAGCUUUUCACAAAUUGCUGCUGCACUAGCCUGUAGAACUCGGGUUAGUACAGGAGCUGCGCAUGUUUACCACCUCAUUUUGUCUUGUCGUCUGAUUGGCCCAUAAUGAACGUGACAGACAGAAUUUUCCUUCAGUCACCUUCUGAAGAUUUUUUGUAAAAAGUCCUGCCCUUCACAAAUGCUUUAUAUGGGAGGAUUCCCAGAUGAAUAUGAAAAAUAUCCAUGCAAUAGAUAUAUAUGAAACAGUCCGUCUGGUGUGCCAAGUUAAAAUGGGAUGGGAAAAGAGCAGAAAUAUCUCCACCAAGAAAAGCUUUUAGUGCUUUCUUUGAAUAAAGAAAUGUUGUUUAGCUCUGAUAAAACUGCCACUAUAGCUACAUCCAUGCUAAUCUCUUCGACAGCAUCAACUGGCUGCCAGAGGGCCCCAUCAAGCCCCUUAGAGAUUACUAAAUUCAGAAAAUAUGAAGCAGAAAAAAUGUUACAAAGUAUUUAGGGUAUCUUCUUUUUUUUUUUUUAAAUAAAUCUCUACAACUAUUAAAUCAAAAUCGUACUAGAUGCAGCUAUUUGCCUGGCACAAGCCUAAUCAAACUUUAUACUGGGAUAGAUUAAUAAGGAAACACAGAAUCAUCACAUUAUCAUCAGCAUCUGUUUGUUAAAGAGACAUAACCCUGACUGGGGCUGUUCAGAAAAACAAAACAAAAAACCUUGAUAGCAUCAGGAGGAUGAAUCCAAUCCAACCAUUGCUUUGAGCAUUGUUGCUUGAAAAUAUACGACUUAAUAAACGGGACAUUUUUGAGUAUGUCAAAGUCAAAAUUUAUUGUUUUUUUAAAACUUGAAUUUUUUUUUCUUGUAUAUUUACAAUUUUUAAAAUUAAAAAAAAGAAACCCGAGUUUCAUGUCUUUUUAAUCAAUACUUGCAAUCAAAAAUUCCAAGUUUUUUGUUCUUGAAAAUUAAUGGAUCCUUUUUAUUUUGUGUUUUUUAGGGGCCCUUAUACAUCUUUGUACUUUCAAACAAAUGGUCCCAUUUCAACUAUUUAGUGUCACCCCUACUUGUAAUAUCUUCCUUUUCUGUCAUCCUCAAAGGUGCAUCUACAAGCAGAUUUCAGGACAACACAUAUCUCCAUUUGCAAUGCUGUGGUCACGAUUUAAUGUUUGCAGUGAAACUGUUGAGGCGAGCAGAGAGUUUCCUUGUGAGUGGAAUCUCUCCUGGUACUUGUGUGAACAGUGUCUGUACAUACAAGCUGUGCAGAGACGUGUCAGGCUGUAUGGACAGACAGUUCAAAUGAGUGUAAAGUGUGUCCCUGGCUCUCUCCUUACUUCUGUUUUGUCCCACCUCCGUGUCUGACUCACCAUCACCGGUUCAGAUCAAAACAGAAAAGUCUUGGUCCUGGCUCAGCUUUUAUGAAACCCUUACAUUAAAACCAAGGUGAUGUCUAUAUGAUGGAGAAAGUACUUACUGAAAGGUGCUGUCAGUCUUCCUGUCCUUGGUGACAUCGAAGUUUUUAUUCUCAAACUGAAGUCAUGGCAGACUUAAGUAUACAAUGCAAAUGUGCUGUAUUUGCAUACAGCAAGCACUUUUCCUACUUGACUUAGCUAUACAGGAACUAGUGUAUAACAUCAAUGGGUUGUUUAAAAAAAAAUAAAAACACGGUCAGUGUCAAUGUUCUUGUAGUUUCUGGGGUCAAAGUGAUAGUUUGGUAUUUUAAAAGUGGGGUUGUCUGAGUUAAUUCAAGAAGAAAAUGUACAGCAUUCACCACUGGAGAUUUCAGUCAUCAUGCUCCCCUUUUAAAGGUGACAAAUCAUAAAAAAUCUGCUUUCUAGUAUUUUUACAAAUAUAUUUUGGUAUUUGGAGAAUCUACCAACCCUUAAAAUUUGACAAAAUCUGACCCCAAUCCUUUGUUCAUGGUCAGCCAAUGUCUGAAAACACAAAAUUUCACCGUCUGUUCAGUGUCUGUGCUCACUGUGACGCCACAGUCAUCCAUCCAUUAUCUACACCGCAUAUCCCCUUCAGGAACCUGGGGGACUGGAAGCAUCCCAGUCAUAACUGUGCAAGAGGCUGGGUUCACCCUGGACUAAUUUCCACUCAGUUACAGCCCAGACAUAUUGAGACAAACAAAUAGUCACACUCACACUUACAUAUACAGGCAAUUUAGAGCCACAAACCAACCUUAUGAGCAGGUCUUUGGACUAUGGGAGGAACCCAUAGUACUUAGAGAACCUAUGCAUAAACCUAACUGGGUUUUUGACCAGAAACCUACUUAGUGUGAGGCAACAGCACUAACCCCUGGGCUGCUUCAGCCCACAUCACCAUUAGCUUUCAAUCAGGAACACUCUUGUCAUACAUUGAAACAUUUAAUGUAAAAUGGGUAUACAGUUUUACUUUCCAGAGAAGGCUCCAGUGAGCACAUUGCUAGAAACUCCCAUAUGGAUAGAUGCAUUAUUGACAAUUUAUAUUGAAUACAAUGAAAUUAGUUCAGAAGCAAUUAAUCCACAGUCGAAUGAAACUGAAAAAAUGGGUGCAACAAGCUUUAUGCUAUUAAGGAGGAGGCUGGGGUGGAGGAGGUGAAGCUUUGCCAGCAGCAGCGUGGAGCUUCAGCAUUGAUGCAAGCUGGGAUUAGUGAAAAAGGAGUUGUAUUUAAAUGGACAGCCAGGUUGAGAGAAAGAGCUGUGAUUGGCUGUGAAAGCUGGGAAGCAAUCAUUGGAAUCAGUUGGCUGAUCAUGGCUCCAUAUAUGACUUGGUGCCUGAAUAAACUCACGAUAAGCUUGAUUAUGAUAUCCACUGUUCACCUGGUAUCUCCACCCAGGGCCAUGGUACCACACAGCCAUAUUGUACUGAUAGUGAUACACAGCAAAGCAACUUUUCUGAGAAAAGCUGUUUGGAUCUGGUUAAUACAGUGUCGAAACCUCCUCUAGUGUGUCAUCCAUGCUAAAUUUUUUUUUCACCAAAGCACAACACAAAUGUUUCAUUUAGACCACAGGAGACAGUGUUCAAAGGUAGAAAACACAGCUUCCAGAAGAGACUGACUUCAGUGCCAACACAUAGCAAACUGUGCCACUAUUUAGCAAAUUUUACUAAAACCCAAGAUAAGCAGGCAUGGUAGUUGUGUUUUUCAUUGAAAACAGAUUCACGCUGCUUUCCUGCGAGCAAGCCACUUUGUUUAAGCGUACUUCAGUAUUGAUAUUUUUGAUUUAUAUUUUUGUCCCUCCUUCAACCUCCUGAGACACAACAAGUACAUAUGAGAACAUCACAUUUUUGCUUUCCUUCAGGAUAAUAAUGAACUCUAUAAUGAUUUUUGAGAUAUUUGUCUGGAAUUUCCAUAGAAGAUAAAGCAAUUUGCUUGGAAUGUUGGGGAAAAUUUUCUGGAAUUUUAAUGAUAUUUUGUUUGGAUAUUUUGGAGUUAUUUUGAAAUUUUUAAGUACUUUCAUGGGAAUUUAAUCAGAAUUUUUGGGUGUAAUUUCCUUUGAUUUUUUUUACGAGUAUCUAUAGAAAUGUUAGUGAAUUUGCAUUGUAAUUUGGAGGUAUCUAUCUGGAAAUUUUUCAUGGAUUUUGGGGGGAUUUAUUCAUAAAUUUUUGGGAUUUCCAUCAGAAAUAUGGGUCGAAUUUGCUUUUAAAUUUUGGGGAACUUGCUUAAAAAUUUUCAGGAGUUGUAGUUGGAAUUUUUGGGUAAAUCUUUUUAUUCAAAUCUUUAGGCUUUUUAGAGAGUCACUGAGACGUUUGGUUAAUGUUUGAAGAUUGUUAUAAAUGAGACUUUUUAAAAAGAUGUUUAAGAAUUUUAACAGUUUUUUUGGUUAUGUCUUGGAAAUUUUAAGGAAUUUAAGGGGACUUCUUUAUGUUUUAGAACUCUCCAAUAAUUUCAAUUUGAACUUCAAGUGGAAAAAUAUAUUCUUUGUUUUGCUUGGGUUCUCUCUGGGUACUCCAGCUUCUUCUGACCACCAUAGACAUGGUCAGUAGGUUAAUUGGUGACUUGAAAUUGGCGGUAGGUUUGAGCUUGCCUGGUUAUUUAUUUCAAUAUGUCAGCCUAUAUAACAGCAGAGAUAGGCUCCAGCCCCCUGCAAACCCAGAUGGGAUAAGUAGUGUAGAAAAUGAAUGGAUGGAUGGGAUACAUGCUCAUAUGAUCAGCGUUGGUACUAGCCUUUCUGCUAACAAGUGUCUUUUUAUGGCCUGGAUCAGAUUCGAUUUUGGGGCUGUAGUUGUGAUCAAUUAAGCAAGCCAAUUCCCUCCUUUUAUUCUCCUGUCUUUUUUGGCAUUGUGACUCCAUUGAAGGCCCUGGCAUGGUAAUAAAUAUUCCAAAAUUGCUGACCAAACAGUUAAGUCCAAUAGAGCGGCCCACAACAUUUAUUGCCCAAAAAAGACUAUGGGAUAGGCUGCAUAUUUACUGAAGCAGCAAUAUAUUACAGUUGCAUUGUUGCUUCACUGAUAAAGUGUGAGAAUCUAAUAAAAAAAAUACAUUAUUUCUUUAUUAUUAAAAUGGACCAUGAUUUUGCUGACCUUCACAGGCUCUUGCAUAGGACUGCCAUAGGAUUGGCAGCCUUGUUGUAAGGUAUCUCAUUCAACCCCAUUUCCAAAAAUACAGAACUAUCUCUUUAAAUUGUUACGUUUUGGAACAAAUGUCUUAAAUAUUUACCUCCUAACAGCAGGGAUACUUUGAACUGUGCGAAGCAAAACAUAUCAACCAAUUCAAAUAUGUGACAAUGUUUUAAAGGAUACAGCCCUCCUCACUCCUGUCGUGCAUCUUUUUGCCUGCAUUUUCUGCAUUUACAGUGUUUGUGCUUCACAUAAGUAGUCAAUCAAACCAAAGAUGUGGCUGAUUUAAAAAAAAAUGUGAAUGAAAAAUGAUUUAUUUCAUCCAAAAUGCUGUUGUAUAAAUACAUCAUGUUUUAAUGUGCUAACUAUUUUGUCACUACAUGUGUGUUUGGCAUCUUUAAGGUCUUUUGUCAAAUAAAAGCUUGGCAAGAUGCCAAAUAGGGAAUUAAAGAAUAAUGACAGACUGGCUCACUCAGCUCUUAUCUUAAUCAUCUGUGCCAAAAGGUAAUUAAAGCCUUGUUGCCUUUUUCUUGGAUGAGACCAUCUUUUCAGUAUCAUACUGGUGGUCAGCGAAGGAUCUUUAAUGUACAUCGGUCCUCAAUGAGCUUUUAUCACUGUGUUGUAACAGACAAGUUUUAUUAAAGCAGGGUUGUUUUCUGUUUAAAUGAGGGCUAAACAAAAAGUGAAGAAACUAUCAAAAAUGUCUUCAAUAAAUCUCACUUUUGUCUUG